AUGGGCUCAAUUGCACCUGCACGCGCUGAACUCGACGCCUCCGUCGUCAAGAUCACCCGAUCCAACAACAUCCGCGAUGUGCCUCUCCCCGGUUCCCUUGAGGAGCUCAGUCACUCCUACUGCACCGACCACAUGGUCACCGUGCGAUGGACCGACGAGAAUGGCUGGGAAACUCCCGAAGUCAAGCCGUACCAGAACCUAAGCCUCCCUCCCACCGCAUCAUGCUUGCACUACGCUACCGAAUGCUUCGAGGGCAUGAAGGUCUAUCGCGGCUUCGACGGCAAACUUCGUCUUUUCCGACCCGACCUCAACGGCGAGCGUCUGUCUAACAGCGCCGUUAGAGCUUCCCUACCCAGCUUCCGGUUCCAAGAGCUCAAGACACUCAUUGCCAAGCUGAUGCAGGUUGACGGUCUCCGCUGGCUCCCCAAGGACCAACCCGGCCGAUUCCUUUACCUCCGCCCCACCCUCAUCGGCAGUGGCAUGCAGCUCGGCGUCCAAGCCCCCAAGGAAGCCCUCCUCUUCAUCAUCGCCGUCCCCUGGCCCGACCCAGCCACCCGCAUCAAGUCCGUCCCCGGCGAACCCUCCGGCCUGAAAUUACUCGCCUCCCACCCAGAUACCAUCCGCGCCUGGCCCGGCGGUUUCGGAUACGCCAAACUCGGUGCCAAUUAUGGCCCCUCGCUCGCGGCGCAUGGCAAAGCGCAAGCCCAGGGCUUCGAUCAGGUCCUCUGGCUCUUCGGCGCCGAUCGUCAGGUUACCGAGGCGGGAGCUAGCAACUUCUUUAUUGUUUGGGAGAACGCGCAGACGGGAAAGCGCGAGCUGGUGACAGCGCCGUUGGAGAACCAGUUGAUCUUGCCCGGUGUCACGCGGCGCUCUGUUUUGCAGCUGGCUAGGGAGCGGUUGCGCCAGGGUAACGGUGAUUUGGGUGCUGUGGAGGUUGUUGAGAAGACGUUCACUAUUGGUGAUGUCGAGACAGCGUGGAAGGAGGGACGCAUUGUGGAGGCUUUUGUUUGUGGUACUGCCUUCUUCAUCACACCCGUUAAGCUCAUCCGAGACGGCGAGGUCGACAUUCCUCUGCUCAAGACCGGCUCUGAUCGUGCGGAAUACGCCGCGCAGAUCAAGUCCUGGCUCGAGGCGAUCAUGUACGGCAAGGAUGGCCAGGAGAACCACGAGUGGGCGUACCUCAUUGAGAACGAGAGCGAGAAAUAG